UCCAGUAGCUCGAUGCGUCGUCAUCCCGCCAGCUUAUUACCUAAAAUGGUACACAACCCAUCCUUGUUGGAUUUGGUCAAAUGUCCAGUCAGCCGUGAUAUGAUUGUCUACUUGGCACAUCAAGCAGCACAAGUUAUCAACUGUGGUCCAGCAAACGCAGUCAUGACCCCACCCACAACACCAACAAAAUCAGUCGAUGAGGCUGAAGAUGCAGCAAAGGUCAGCAUCAACGGAUUGCCAAGCUUGGAAGUUUUCAUUGCCAUCUUGGUUGACAAGAGUAACGUACAAGUGCCAACAUUGUUGUGCACAUUGAUCUACCUUGAACGUCUACGCAACAAGCUACCCAGAGCAGCAAAGGGAAUGCAAUGCACCCGACACCGUUUGUUUUUGGCCACUUUGAUCGUCGCAGCAAAAUACUUGAACGACUCUUCACCCAAGAACAAACAUUGGACAAGAUAUGCCGCCUUGUUCUCACAAGCAGAGGUCAACUUGAUGGAAAAGCAAUUGUUAUACUUGCUCGAUUACGAUUUGAGAAUCGAAGAAGAAGAAUUAUCAGCACACUUUGCACCUUUCUUCCGUUUCCGCGAAGACAGAAGCGAAGCAGGCAGACGGGAAAUGUACUUGCGUGGAUGCUCGGCUGGACGUGAACGUGAACGUUAUGCUCGUGCAAGCGAAUUGCGUGUUUACUUGCGUGCAUUGCCUGGUGAUCAAGUACCAGCAUGGAACGUUCACAACGCCAACGCUGAAUCCAAGACAGGAUAUUACCGUGAAAAUGAAUACCAACAACAUCAUUACUCAUCCUCUUCCGCUUCCGCUGCAUCAUCUGCCGCUUCUUCUUCGAUGAUGUACCGCAACCAUUCUAUGGACAGCAGUAGCAGCAGCAGCAGUGCAGCAACAUCAGAGGCUGAACUCACUGAUGACAAUGGAUCAUCAUCAUCUUCGAUCAGUGGAGAUGAUUGUGACUUUGAUGAAUUGGACAACUUGGACGAAGCAAACGAACAAAUGUACAUGCGCCAAAGUAUGUCACAAGCACACAUUGCCGUUGCCAACAAUGCAUCCUCUUCAGAUCUACAUGAAGUCGUGCACAAGUCCAAUGCAUACCAUCAACACAUGUCCAACAACCCAUUGAACAAAAGUCAAUCGACCAACGAUGCACGAUUAAAUGCAUUAGCAGCUGCUCAACAUCAACAACAGCUGCAACAACAACAAAAUGGUAACCUUCGCGCAAGCAGAUCGAGUUCCAACUUGUUAUCAAGAAUGCUUUCUUCGGCUCAUUGA